UAGCCGCAUUUUCCUCAAAGAACACAGCGAAUUAAACCAUUUGAUUGUGUAUUUGUAGAUGCAAUUUAUGUCUAUCAAAAGAUAGUCUGAUACGAUUUUACACAAUCUUUGUUUAAUUGCACUUCGUUGAUACGUUGAACGAAUAAUACAUACUAUUUUUAUGUACUUGUAAGCAUUUGAGAUUCUUCGUGUACAGAGUCGUUAAGCAUAAUCAGUUAUUAGUUUUGCGUACAAAGAGUAUUUGUUUAAACGUUAAAUCGUGUCGCUACUGAAACAAACAAUGAACGCAUUACGAUUUGUCUCUCGACGUAAUGUCCAUCAAAUAAUUCGUCAAUUUCAUAAAUGCACCGUUCGACGACAAAUAGAAGCGGCUGCAGCUGUCGGAGAACCUUCGGUGGCCCCUUCGGUGGCCCCUUCGGUGGCCCCUUCGGUCGCCACAAACAAAGAACAGAAAAUAGAUUCUAAAAUAGAUCAAAUCGCCAAUCAGAUAAUUUCUUUAAAUCUUAUAGAGGUAGCACAAUUAAGCGAUUUGUUGAAGAAACGAUUAAAUUUACCGGACGCGCCUAUAAUGCCCAUGGGUGGUUUUGCUGCUGGGUUGAAGGUCGAGGAGGAAGAAGCUCAACCGCAAGUGGUACAAACUGCAUUCACCGUUAAAUUAUUAGCUUUCAAUGAUAAACAGAAAGUUGCCCUGAUAAAGGAAUUAAAAAAUAUAUUACCAGACUGCAAUCUUGUACAGGCCAAAAGAUUUGUUGAAAGCGCACCGGUCAUAGUCAAGGCAGAUCUUCCAAAAGAGGAGGCAAACCAAUUGAAAGAACUUAUCGAAAAAGUGGGUGGUACCAUUGAAAUUAUAUAAUUACAAACUACUGGUUUCGGUAUGUAAUAUAUAUCCGACGAGUCGCUUAACCAGUCCAAUAGUUUUAAAAUAUCUAAAUUGGUUAGAACUGAAAAAUGAAAGCAACAUUUUUAUACAGUUCGAAAUAGAAGAGUUCUUUUCAUCGAGUACAAACAGUGCAUUGCAUUGCAAUCCUUUUGUACGUCCUUCUUUUUAUCGAAAUACAUUAUUACGCCGCUUCUUGUAUAUUUCUAAUUUAA